CAUCCUAUCGCCGGCCGGCGAGACACUGGCUGACAGUUGGUGUUCCUAUGGACCACACCGUAGGUCCACAUCAACCAAGAUGAUUUUUGUAAAAGUGUUAAUGGUCAUCUUCUCUAUACGUGGCGUCCAAUCUCUCCGAGACAAAGCAAAUAACAAGACAUCGAAGCCUCACAUCCUCCUUAUAGUAGCAGAUGACCUAGGCUGGAAUGACGUCUCUUGGCACAACAAUGACGUUCUCACUCCGAAUCUGAAGGAGCUGGCUAUUGGAGGAGUCAGGCUGAACAGAUCCUACGUCCUUCCUAUAUGCACUCCUACGAGGUCAGCGCUGCUUACCGGAAGAUAUCCUUUUACAAUAGGAAGACAGAAGAGUACCCUGAGGCCCGCGGAACCGACAGGCUUGACCCUCAACGCCACGCUACUCCCGCAGGCGCUGAAGGAUGCAGGUUACUCCACACACGCCGUUGGAAAGUGGCAUCUAGGUUACUGUUCCUGGGCGUAUACCCCAACGUUCAGGGGGUUUGAUACCUUCUACGGGUACUACAACGGCGCCGAGAACUAUUUGACUCACAUGAGGGGCAACUUGAAUGAUCCUCUAUUCCUCGGCGACUCUGAUGAGGAUCUCGUCUCCUUUUCUACUGACAAAAAUGCGCACCUCCAUGAAUAUCUGGACUUCAGAAACAACACAGAACCAGAUCCGAAUGAGGAUGGAACCUACUCAACUCACCUGUUCGCCUCCUACGUGGACCUCCUGGAAUCCAGAAAUCCAGCGGAUCCUAUGUUCCUGUACCUACCUUUCCAGAGCGUGCACGCCCCGCUAAUGGUGCCGGAGAAUUACACGAAACCAUACAAGCAUAUUCGCGACAAGGAUAGGCGAAUUUACCUCGGUAUGGUGACUGCACUAGACGAAGCUGUCGGCAGAAUUACCAACGCUCUCAAGAGAACUGGGCAUUACGAAAAUUCUGUCAUAGUUUUCACAACAGACAAUGGAGGGACGUGGCAACACGGAGGGAACAACUGGCCCCUCCGGGGCAUGAAGUCCUCAUUGUGGGAGGGAGGAACCAGAGGGGUGGCGUUUGUACACUCCCCUCUGUUGCCCAAUCCUGGAACUGUUUCUGACAAGUUAAUUCAUGCCACUGACUGGUUCGCAACUCUGGCUCGCUUGGGAGGGGCCAAGGCUCCAUCUGACACUGAUGGAUUUGACCAGUGGAACUCCAUCACCAGCAACGAACAUUCUCCUCGAGUGAGGAUGGUAUACAACAUAGAUAACACUGAAAAAAUCAGAGCUAGCGUCAGGAUUGGCAACUACAAACUGAUAGUCGGUAACGCAGGUAAAGACGACUGGCGCCCUCCACCUGAACUCAACGAAUAUGUUAGUCCCAGGAAACUGCCUCUUCUUGAAGUCCCUCCACCAAAGGGACUCAUGGAAUUCUCUGAAAAGAACAAACGGAAGAGGGAUUUCUUCAGUUCAGCUGACGGCAAGAAGCAGCACAAGUUGAAAAAGUUUAGGAAUAAAUAUCGAGUGAAGAAUCAACUUCACUCCACGGUCAAGGGCUCCUUUGAGGAAAUCGUCCAUAACGAAGUCAUGACAUCCAGCAAAGUCUCCUUGAGGCCGAGGCACUUCAACGACGUUAGAGAGGACCAAGACCUCUCGGGAGGGGAGAACAUUGCCACGUGGGGGAGAAUGCUCCUGAACGAGCACUUCGGCAGGAGUGGUUGGCUAGACGAGUGGCCCCAGGCUUCAGAAAUCCUCAGAAACGAGACGGAGAUAAGACUCUACGAUGUUUUAAAUGACCCUGAGGAAAGAAACGACCUAGCAACGAAGAAGACUCAUAAAGUGAAGACGCUACUGGAAUUCGUACUGGAAGAGCUUGCAAAUCGCUACGUUCCAGCAGAUAUUAAGCCUUUCGAUCCAGAGGCGAAUCCCGAGCGCUGGAAUAAUGUCUUUAGCCCCGGAUGGUGUAAAACGUAAUAGUCUUUCCAGGAUGUUGAAAAAAUCCUUCAACUUUCUUAGACGAUGAG